AUGGACGAGGCGGCUGCCCGCCCCAGCAUCGCCGCUGGCGACAGCAACCGUGGCACCAGCCUGCGCGGCGUUGGUCUGGGGAUCAGACACCUGCAGGUGGUGCUCAUGUGUGGCGGCAUCACGCUGGCCUUCAUGCUGCGGGUGGACCUGUCCGUGGGCAUCGUCGUCAUGGCCAACAACACCGGCUCCAACCCGGACAUAAAGGACUACGGGUGGAACCCGACGGAGACGAGCACGAUCCUGAGCUCGUUCUUCUGGGGCUACAUCACGACGCAGGUGCCCGCGGGCUGGCUGUCGGGCCGCUACGGCGCCAAGAACUUCCUGGCCGCGGCCCUCUUCCUGUCCGGGGCGCUCACUGGCCUCACCGAGCUGGCCGCAGACCUGGGCGGCGUCGUCCUCAUGUGCGCCCUCCGCAUCGUCAUCGGAAUGGUCCAGGGUUUUAUAUAUCCGUCGACUAACACCUACCUAGCGAAAUGGAUUCCUCCUGAAGAAAAGGGAAGAAUGGGAACUCUAGUAUAUGCAGGUGCUCAGUUGGGAACAAUAGUAGCAAUGGCUGUAUCUGGAGUGUUAGCAAAUAGUGCUGCUGGCUGGCCAUCCAUAUUCUACACAUUUGGUGGUAUCUCAGUUCUGUGGGGUAUUCUUAUUUUCUUCCUUGGUGCAGAUAAGCCAUCUAGCCACAAAUACAUAUCAAAAGAGGAGCAGUUCUAUAUUGAAGACUGUUUGAAUAAAGUUUCACAUGAGGGAGAGAGGAUGCCUACACCAUGGAUUUCAAUACUGUCUUCAAUGCCAUUUAUUGCUCUUGCAGUUGUUCACUGUGGUCAGAACUGGGGCUUCUAUACGUUGCUAACUGAAAUGCCAACCUAUUUCAGCAGUGUUCUUGGAUUUGAUAUUCAGUCAGAUGGAUUGUUAUCUGCAAUGCCAUAUUUAGUAAUGUGGUGCCUAAGUUUUAUUUUCAGCUGGAUUGGGCACCUGAUUGAGAGAAAGAACUGGAUGACAACUGGCACUAUCAGGAAAGUUUUUAACUCUAUUGGUCACUGGGGCCCUGGUUUAGCAUUGCUCAUACUAAGCUUUAUAGAACUUGAAGAUCCAACUGUUGCUGUUGCACUUCUGACCCUCACUGUUGGGCUUAAUAGUGGGAUUUAUUUGGGCUUUCAGAUCAAUCACAUUGAUCUUUCACCAAAUUUCUCUGGCGUGCUGAUGGGCAUGACAAAUGGUCUAGCAGCUCUAACAUCAAUUAUAGCUCCCCUUAUUGUAGGUGCUGUUGUGAAGAACAAUGCCCCUGAAGAAUGGCGAACAAUAUUCCUAAUUGCUGCUGGCUUCUAUUUUAUUGGGAAUCUUAUAUUUAUCAUAUUUGGUAAGGGUGAAGUCCAACCGUGGAAUGAGCCAACUCGUUUAACCAAAGAAAGUGAAGCAAAUUAUGGAACAGCAGCGCCACCUAGUGCAUGA